AUGGGGGCUGUAAAUCCCCAACAUUUUGUUAAUAGAGGUGCACCAGAUUUCCAAGGGCAACAUUCCAAGGUGCAAAGCGAAGAAAGGAUCAAGCAAGUGAUUGAGAGGUUGGAUCAAUUGAGUGCCCACAAUAAGAUGCUAGAGAAUCAACUUGCCAAUCAAGCCUCUACAUCUUGCACCAAAGUCAUUGGAAAGUUGCCCGCUUGCCCCAAAAAUCCUAGAGAACGUGUCAAUGCAAUUGUUACAAAGAGUAGCAAGAUACUUGGAGAACCAUCUCUUCCAAUCAAAACAUCAACUCCAAAUAAAAUUGUUGAUGUGGAGAUUGAGGAGAAACUUGAGGGGGAAGAAAUUGAACCAGCUGUUGUGAAGAAUAAUCCACAAGUUCAUGAUGAGGCAGAGAAGCCCGUGAGAAGAGAUAUUCUUGCUAAGAAAAGAAAAUUUGGGGAUAAUGAGAUGGUGGCUAUGGCACAAGAGUAUAGGGCCUUGGCACGUAGUGAAAGUAUGAGCAUUUUGAAGCAUAGAGAUCCGGGAAGUUUCACAAUCUCAUGUUUUAUUGGAGGCCAUAUGAUCAAAAGAUCCCUUUGUGAUCUUGGAGCUAGUGUUAAUGUUAUGCCUCUAUCACUUUGCAAAAGGUUGAAUUUGGGAGAACCUAAACUGGCCCAACUUACAUUGACAUUUGCUGAUCAGUCUACUAUUAGCCCUAUUGGAAUUCUUGAAGAUGUCCCAGUCCGUGUGGACAAGUAUUUUGUGCCUUGUGACUUCAUUGUGAUAGAUGCCCCAGAGAAUCCUGAUGUUCCAAUCAUUUUGGAGAGACCUUUGAUUUCUUGGCCAAAACUGGAGCAAUAA